AGUCCGUCGCUUUGCCGACUGACCGAUUGACCAUGUCCUCAAAUGAUUUGCCUUUCCGUCGACUGGAUCGUUAUCAGGCGCUCCAUGAUCCAGCAAUGGCGGAAGAGAACGUCGGGCUCCUCGGUGGCGAGGCUACCCAAGCCGCUGGACUACGUUUAGGCUCCUUAGCUGGCGUCAUCAAUCGAGACCGUCUUCCUGCAUUCGAACGCAUGCUUUGGAGAGCUUGUCGUGGUAACGUAUUCCUUAAGCAAGCCGAGAUUGAUGAGCCUUUGGAAGAUCCAGCUACGGGUACAAAAGUCCAAAAAUCCGUUUUCCUUGUCUUUUUCCAAGGCGACCAGUUGCGCGCACGUGUAAAGAAAAUUUGUGAGGGGUUUCAUGCAAGUAUUUCUCCAUGCCCCGACUCCCAAGCCGAUCGGCGAAACAUGGCCAUCGAGGUGAUGGGCAAGAUUGAUGAUCUAGCAACUGUGCUAACCCAAACUAAACAACAUCGUCAGCGUAUUUUGGAGACUGUCGCAAAGAAUCUACGCGUUUGGUUCAUCAAGGUGCGUAAAAUCAAAGCCAUCUACCACACGCUGAACUUGUUCAACUUGGAUGUAACCACAAAGUGCAUGGUGGGUGAAUGUUGGUGCGCCGUUAAUGACGUGGACAAAAUUCACUUGGCCCUUCGCCGAGGCAUGGAGCGCAGCAAUAGCACAUUACAACCUAUCUUGAACGGACUCGUUACUCGAGAGAGUCCGCCUACCUAUCAUCGAACCAACAAGUUUACAGCUGCCUUUCAGAAUGUCAUUGAUGCGUAUGGUGUGGCCCGUUACCGGGAGGUGAAUCCAGCCUUAUUUACUGUGAUCACGUUCCCAUUCUUGUUUGCCGUCAUGUUUGGUGAUGCUGGCCACGGAUUACUCAUGUUCCUCUGCGCUCUUUGGAUGGUGGUCUGUGAGAGGAAAUUAGCGGCUCAGAAGUCCACAAGUGAAAUAUGGCAAAUAUUUUUCGGUGGCCGGUAUAUCAUUCUGCUCAUGGGUAUCUUCUCCAUCUACACUGGGUUGAUUUACAACGACGUUUUCUCACGCUCCCUCAACAUAUUCGGCUCUUCUUGGUAUCCCACCUAUGACAACGCCACUUUGGUUCGCAACAGCGAGCUGCAGCUUGAACCAGGCACUGUGAAUCAGACAACCGACAAAAUGUAUGCCGGCUAUCCUUAUCCUUUCGGGCUUGAUCCCAUAUGGCAAAUGGCUUCCAACAAAAUUAUGCUCACCAACUCCAUCAAGAUGAAGAUGUCUAUCGUUCUUGGUGUUUUGCAUAUGCUGAUGGGCGUCUGCUUGGGAGCCUUCAACCAUCGUUUCUUCGGUGAUCCACUGGCUAUUUGGUGCGAACUCAUUCCCCAGGUGUUAUUCCUAUCGUCCAUCUUCCUCUAUCUAAUCGUCCUAAUUUUUUACAAGUGGGUUGCUUUCGCGGCCGAACAAUCCAGAAUCGCACCCAGCUUGCUUAUCAAUUUAAUCAACAUGGCACGCUUCAGUUAUAAAAACGAAGGUCCACCUCCUACCCAAACGUUUUACUCGGGUCAACAAACGAUCCAAAUCAUCCUCAUGCUGAUUGCCAUCCUCAGUGUUCCGUGGAUGUUGCUGGCCAAGCCGCUGGUUCUGUUCUUGCGCCAUCGUGCCAUCGCCACUCGCUUACGCGGUGGAUAUGUCAACCCGUCUGAUUCGGCCAUCAUUGACGUCAGCGGACUGACCAACGCUGGACUAGUUGACGACCCCAUGCUUGGUGGCGUCGGUGAUUGCAACGGCGUCGGAUACGCUGACACAAUUCCCUUGCACGCCGCAGACUGUCGAAUGUCCAAAGCGUCUAGCAUAACUGACCACCACAGCACAACAAGUUACAGCAGUGAUACUGAAGAAUUCGACCUCGGGGAUACCAUGAUUUAUCAAGCUAUUCAUACAAUCGAGUACUGCCUUGGUUGCAUCUCCAAUACGGCCUCCUACCUGCGCUUGUGGGCACUCAGUCUGGCUCAUGCUCAACUUUCCGAAGUUCUCUGGACAAUGGUCCUUCACAACGGCCUGAACGCCAGAGGAUACUACGGCGGACCGUUUCUCGUAAUCGUCUUUGGCUUUUGGGCUGCCCUAACCCUCGGUAUUUUACUUCUGAUGGAGGGUCUUUCUGCCUUCUUACACACUCUCCGUCUUCAUUGGGUGGAGUUUCAGAAUAAGUUCUACAAGGGCGAUGGUUACCCCUUCACUCCUUUGUCGUUCGAUCACUGCUUGAGUGUGAAAUAACACUUUGGAUGUGCGUCACCAUCACGACAUUUUGAUUAUCUUUUAUUUUCAUUUUUGUUGUUUCUGUGCUUUCAUGUUGUCUGUUCUACUUUGUCCCCAAACUUCCAAGGUCGUUUUCUUCAUCCCAAUUUGUGGAUCCCAUUCCACUUAUUCCAUUCCGCCGAUUCACUUGUGCUUCAUAGCCCAUCGAUAAGCUCGCUUUAUAGUCAGUUGCAACUUGUUUGCAAUAUUCGUUUGAACGUUCUCCCUGUUCUCUUCAUCUACUCACGCACGACUAAGGAUCGGGUUUUGUCCGAGUUCUCUCUUCUUUGAGUGUGGGACAGUGUAACCUUAUAUGCACGUGAAUACUUGGCGUACCUGUAAUGGUCACACACAUUCAAUACAUCGCACUCUUACUCUAUUCAUCACAUGAGUUAUUCGUACUUUUACGGACCUCAUGAGACCGUUUCUAUUCUUCCGAUUCCCCUCUCCUCGUAAAUCAAAUACCCUUUCAGAUCGCCAUACUUCUACCAGUUCUACAAUCUCCUUUGUCAUGUCCUAUUUGUGUGUUUAGUCACUGUAAAGGCUCUUACAGUGCCGAUUUACG